GAUUCUCCAGGACAUUGUGGUUCCCUUCCUGCGGUUCCUCUUCUGUGGAUGGUCACUAUCCACUUCUUCCCCCACAAGAAGCUUCCUGUUGGAGCUUCCUUCCAGGACAGACAGGCACGCCUAGAAGCCAGACGGUUCGGUGGCGGGCCCAGCCCCUGGGGACCCCAGAGAUGCUGCUGCCGUUGCUGCUGCCGCUGCUGUGGGCAGGGUCCCUGCAGGAGAAUCCUGGGUACAAGCUGCAGGUGCAGAAGUCCGUGACGGUGCAGGAGGGCCUGUGUGUCCACGUUCCCUGCACCGUCUCCUACCCCGGGGUUCGCAGGAGCCCCUCUGCACCUGUUUACGGCUCCUGGUUCCGGAAAACCUAUAACUCCAAAGGGGAUGUUCUCAUGGCCACAAACAACCCUGCCAAGGGCGCAAAGAGGAAGAACAGAUUUUCAUUUCACCUCGCCGGAGACCCUGGGGACAGGGACUGCUCCCUGAACAUCACAGACGCCCAGAAGGGAGACAGUGGAAAGUAUUAUUUUCAACUGGACACAGGUUCCAUGAGACACAGUUACCAAAGUGACCUGCUCGCUGUGACUGUAAGAGCGCUGACACAGACCCCAGAUAUCCAUAUCGAGGAGCCCCUGGAGUCUGGCUCUCCCAGCCACCUCACAUGCUCUGUGCCCGGGGCCUGUGAUGGGGUGACGCCCCUCACCCUCUCCUGGACGGGAGCUGCGCUCAGACCUCCGGGACUGGACCUGGAGGCCUAUAACUCCUCGGAGAUCCUGCUCACCCCCCGGCCGCAGGACCACGGCACCAACCUCACCUGUCAUGUGACCUUCCCCAGGGCUGGUGUGAGCACCCAAAGCACCAUUACGCUCAACGUCUCCUAUGCUCCACAGAACUUGACCAUCGGCAUCUCCCGAGGAAAUUGCACAGAACUGAAAUACCCGGGGAAUGGCUCAUCUCUUCCAGUCCUGGAAGGGGAAUCUGUGCUCCUGGUCUGUGUCGCCGACAGCAACCCUCCGGCCACACUGAGCUGGGCCCAGGGGAGCCGGACUCUGAGCCCGUCCCAGCCUUGGAAGCCCGGGGUCCUGGAGCUGCCCCGAGUGGAGUCGGGCCACGAAGGCGAAUUCACCUGCCGAGCUCAGCACGCUCGGGGCUCCCAGCACGUCUCCCUGCGUCUCUCUGUGGUCUGCCCCCCGCGGCUGCUCGGCCCCUCCUGCUCCUGGGAGGGCGAGGGGCUGGGCUGCACCUGCUCCGCCCGAGCCCGGCCGGCCCCCACCCUGCGCUGGCGGCUGGGGGAGGGGCUGCUGGAGGGGAACCACAGCGACGCCUCCUUGACCGUCACCUCCAGCUCCGAGGGGCCCUGGGCCAACAGCUCCCUGAGCCUCAGGGGGCCGCUGCGCUCCGACCUCAGACUCGGCUGCGAGGCCCGGAAUGAGCACGGGGCCCAGAGCACCGCCAUCCUGGUGUUGCUGCCAGCGCAGCCUCUGCUUGGGGGAGGAUUCAUUCUGGGGGCUGCCGGGGGUGCUGGUGUCGCUGGCCUGCUCGGUCUCUGUCCUUGCCUCAUCUUCUUCAUAGUGAAGACCCGCAGGAAGCAGGCCCCAGAGACAGCAGCUGGCGGCAAGGAAGCUGCCUGCACGUUGGGUCCCAUCUCCUGGGGUUCCCAGCAUGAGGAUCGGUCAAGCACCCCCCUAGACCACCCGCCCCCAGCCAUGGCCGCUCCCACCUCGGAGGAGGGAAAGGAGCCCCACUACGCUUCUCUCACCUUCCAUGGGCUGAAGCCCUGGAACCUUCCAGACCCGGAGGCCACCAGCACCACCGAGUAUUCAGAGAUCAAGAUCUGCAAGUGACGCCUCCAGCCAGCUCCUGCAACCGCUGGCUAGAGGGCUCAGGGCUUCUCAAGAAGGGACACCUCCGGGACAAUUCCUGAGUGAAUAGUUUUCCACAGAAACGGGUCGCCAACGGGUGUGGUGUGUUGGCGUCCACCUGUGUGGGGAUGGGCAGAGCUGGGCUCACAUUUCAGCCAGUCACCGAUAAAUUACAAGCCGGUGCAGAGAGAGCACUUUGCCGGAGGUCACGGGCUCUUCCUAGGGUAACUGACCUGGUCAGGAGGAUUCCUGACCCGCCCCCCGCCCCACCCCACUCCACUCUGAGCCUGCUUUCUGGAAACCCAACUUGUGUAUUGUCACCACACGGAAAACCAUUCCCGGAUUUUCUGCAAUAAAUGACAGGUUAUCUAAAUUAUAUACCCUC